AGGUUUGGUUUCAUUUAUUUUUGAACCAUUAGGUUUCGACCUUCUUGUUAUGUUUUUGUGAUGUGAUGAUUUCGAGUUGUAUUUGAAUUUUUCAUGAGUUAUUGUUUGUGUGCAUUGCAGAUGGAGGAUAGGUUUGCCGAAGAACUUUAUGGUGAAAGUUUACAACUGUCAAAAUUAGAACUCAGGUCCACCAAUGAUCAAGAAAAUAAGGCAAAUGACUAUGGCGGUGAUGAUUUGAGCCUUGAUGGUUCUUUCUGGGAUGUAUCUGAUGACAAGUUGGAUAGCUCGUCAGAUUUGGACAGAGAGUGGCAGAGGAGGCAUGACCAAUUCCAUACGAUUGGGUAUCGAGAUGGUCUUAUAGCAGGGAAGGAAGCUUCUGCACAGGAAGGGUUCAAUAUUGGUUUUAAGCAAUCAGUCCUUCCUGGUUAUAGCUGGGGUGUUGUACGAGGUGUUACCAGUUCUUUUUCUCAUCUUCCUGAUAAAUUAAUAGAGAGGUUGAUUGAAACAUUGGAAAAAAGAAAUGAGUUCAGAGAGCUGCAUGAAUCGGUGCAUUCUUUGUCAACAACAGAUGCCCUUAGAUUGUUUAAUGACGAAAUAAAAGCACAAGAAGCUUUGGAACAGAGUGAACAAUCAGAAGUUAGCCAUCCCACACCAGGUUUGCAAGAGCAACCAUCCCGUGACUCUCUGCUGAGAAAUUAUCGUGGACAACUUGAAUCUCUGAUCUGUGACAAUCCUGCCUUUGACAUUCAUUUACCCAAACCAUGAUAAACGGUGAUCUAUUUUGUGUAAAACACUUUAGCAUAGAAUGAUAAGAAGUUUUUUGUAGAACGUCUUCCAUUUUUAUCACUGUAAAAGUAGAUUUAUUGCCACUAUUUUUGAGUUUUGUAAAAAAUAAUUGUUUCCUGGUAAUGACAAUAAAAUAAAACACAGAAUAUCAAGUACUGGAUAGAAGUUUCUUGGGUAUAUACUCUCAUGCACAUUCUAAUGUUCUUUGGU